GUUUAUUAAAAUUACUCAAGCGAACAAGACGUAACAGAAAACACUUUGUUCCAACCAAAAUUCUAAAUAAAAAAGAGAAAUAGAAAAACAAACAUUCCACACACAAUGACUCCUCCUCCCAUUACAGACGAGCAAUUGAAAAGAUACUACGAUGUUGCCUUGAAACUGGUCAUGAAAUGUGGACAUCUAAUGCGAGAAGGUUUCAACAAAACCGAAUCCAACUUUGAGGUCAAAUCGGCCUUCUACGAUUUGGUUACUGUGUACGACAAACAAAUCGAAGAUAUUCUGAUCAAAGGAUUUCAAGAUGAAUUUCCCGAGUCAAAAGUAAUUGGUGAAGAGGAGUCGGCGGCCAAUAAACGUAUGUCGGAGUUAACAGAUGAUCCAACAUGGAUAAUCGAUCCCAUUGAUGGUACAACGAAUUUCAUUAACAAAAUUCCACAUUGUUGUAUUUCGGUGGGCUUGGCCGUAAAAAAAGAGUUGGUGGUUGGAAUUGUGUAUAAUCCGAUUUUAAAUGAAAUGUUUUCGGCCUGGAAGGGUCAUGGAGCCUAUUUGAAUGGUGAACGCAUUCACGUUAGCAAAGUCACUUCGAUAAAUAAUGCUGUUGUAGCCCUUGAAGUGUCUCUGAUUCAUGCUGCACGAGUCAGAGAUAAAAAUGUUAAACGUCUCGCCAAACUGGCUUCAAAUGCUACAGGAACCCGUGGCAUUGGUUGUGCUGCUUUGACCUUGUGCUAUGUAGCCUGUGGACGUUUUCAGACAUUCCAUGUGGAAGAUUUACAACCAUGGGACAUUGCAGGUGGAGCCGUUAUUUUAACUGAAGCUGGAGGUGUAAUAAAACACACUAAAGGCGGUAUUUUCGACAUUAUGAAACCUGACUUGAUAUGUGCCUGUACGGAGGAACUAUUGAAAGAUGUUCAGCAGCUGAUUGAAGAAGCCGAUCAGAUAACUGAAUAUGAAUUCAAAUAAACUGUAGCUCUGUCGAUAAUAUUGUAAAUAAAUAAAGAAAUCAAAUAUA